AUGCGCACAGUCCGGGUGUACAUCUGCGACCCGAACCUGGCCUGGCCGUCUGGGGGGGCGUGGCCUGCGGCGGUGGGCGGAGGGACCGCCCGGCCCCACAGCGCCCCUGGUGGCCGCCCGGCGCGCAGCGGGGCUGAGCACCUGGCACAGGCGGCGCAGGACUUACUCUUCCUCUCCCUCGCCAACCUGGAGGCCAAGAGCAGGCCGGUGACAGCGCUCCUGCCGCCGGGACAAAGGAGUGCCAGCGACGAGCUCUACCGAGAGGGGUCCAUGCUCAGGCGACAGCUGGCCAAGCUGGCCCUUAUCUUCAGCUACAUGUACUCGGAGCUGAGCGCGCUCUUCCCCGGGGGAAAGUACUGUGGACACACAUACCAGCUCACCAAGACCGAAGCCCACGCCUUCUGGAGAGAACAUUGCGGAGCCCGGUGUGUGCUGCCCUGGGCUGAGUUUCAGUCUCUCCUGUGCACCUGCCACCCCGUGGAGUCAGGCUGCACAGCCCUCGCCUUGCGCUCCACCAUCGACCUCACCUGCAGUGGCCAUGUGUCCAUCUUCGAAUUUGACAUCUUCACCCGGCUCUUCCAGCCAUGGCCAACACUCCUCAGGAACUGGCAGCUCCUGGCGGUCGACCACCCAGGCUACAUGGCCUUCCUCACAUACGAUGAGGUCCGCGCACGCCUGCAGGACUGCAGGGACAAGCCAGGCAGCUACAUCUUCCGACCCAGCUGCACUCGCCUGGGGCAGUGGGCCAUCGGCCACGUGAGCUCAGACGGCAGCAUCCUGCAGACCAUCCCUCACAACAAACCCCUGUUCAAGGCGCUCCUGGAAGGACAAAAGGAAGGCUUCUACCUCUACCCAGAUGGGAAGAACCACAACCCAGACCUGACUGAGUUCUGCCACAUGGAAGCCCAUCAGCUCAUCCACGUGUCAGAGGAGCAGCUGCAGCUGUACUGGGCCAUGAACUCCACGUUCGAGCUCUGUAAGAUCUGUGCUGAGGCCAACAAGGACGUGAAGAUCGAGCCCUGUGGGCACCUGCUGUGUAGCCGCUGCCUGGCCGCCUGGCAGGUGGGUCUCCCCUCUCCUGAAGGGUCUCCCCUAUGCCUCAGGGAUCAGAUGGGAAAACUGAGGCCCAAGAAAGCGGGGACUCACUCAGGGUCACUCAGGAGCGAGGGCCUGGAGCCUGGCUGUCUGUGUCUGUGUGUCUGUCCCUGUCUCACUCUGCGGCUGUCCCCUCUGCUUCUCCUUCUCCAGCUACAUUAUUCAUGGAAAGAGCUCCUCCCUUCCCUCGCUGGGCAACCUGGGGCUAGUGGCUUCACCUCUCUGAGCCUCGGCCUCGUCUCUGGAGAACAGAGCUGACCCUGGUCACCUCCCAGGCCCACAGGGAGGGUCCAAGCCCUGAAGCCCACAGGGAAGGCCCCUUGGGGAGGGGAGCUGAGGCCAAUGCAUGACAUCACCCACUUUUUACUGUAAUGUAAAUGCCGGACAUUA